AACAGCUCAGCUCUUUCAGUCGAUCAAGUUUCAACCUCCAGAGUCCAAAUUUCCCCAAUGAAACCAAAUAUUUUAGCCCCCAAUUCUUUACUCUCACUUACUCCCUACCCCUCUCUCCCAUCAAGAAACCCCAAUCGCUCCCCUAAAUGCUCAACUCCAACCACUUGCCUCUUCCUCAAAUCAAAACCCUCUCGUUUCAUUCCAAUUUGUUCUUUAAAUCACAACAAACAAUCCACUGCCGGUGAAUUACCAAACCAGGCCGCAGAGAAUUCAAAUUGUUUUCUUGAACAAGAGUCACAGGGGAAUUAUAAUGUGCAAGUGGGCAGCGCCAUUUUGCCAUCGCAUUUUCCGUCGCAGAAGAUGAGCCUGAGCGAUCAGGCUUUCUUUCUCUUGGCCUUUAUCGCCUGCACGACUUCUGUUGCAUUUACAAGUCUAGUCAUUGCAGCUGUUCCAACACUUUAUGCAAUGGGCAGAGCGGCAACUUCUCUAUCAAAGUUAGCAGAUACAGCUCGAGAGGAACUUCCUAGUACGAUGGCUGCAAUUAGGCUUUCUGGCAUGGAAAUCAGUGACCUCACCCUGGAACUAAGUGAUUUAAGCCACGAGAUUGCUGAUGGAGUCAACAAAUCAACUAAAGUUGUUCGAGCUGCAGAAGCAGGGAUCAGGCAGAUUGGUUCCCUUGCCCGUGAACAAACCAUCUCAAUGAUUCAAGAGAGGGCUGACCUGCCAGUGAUCUCUUGGCAACCUGUAGUUUUUGGAGCUGCCAGAAAGACUUCUCAAGCUGUUGGCCAAGCCACCAAGACCAUCAUAAAUAUGAUCUCUGGAGGAGAGUCAAGUGAGGAUGACAACGCCAUUGAGAGACUGGAUGUCUGAAUAAUUCGUUGGAUCUCUUACCAACAGCUUGCUGGUUACAUGUGGCAGAGAACCGCGGAAUCACCCCACGUCGUUCAGAGUUUACUACAGAAGAACAGCAUAAUGCAAGAGUUUGAACCUGAGGAAAACAUGAAUGAAUUCUUUGUGCAACAUAUUCAUGCCAUCAUAUCUUUUUCUUCAAAAUAUUGUAUACUUCACUACAGCAGCCUUAAUGAAUGGGACUUUGGCUCUGUGUGGUUUAGUUUUCUGGGUUUUCUCCAAUAAGACAAUAAGAAUAUUUGAGUUGUAAGUAACAACAAUUAUUACCAGUUGGAUAUCAAAAUCUUGAUGCGUUUGAAUGAUAGUAACGGAAUCUGAGAUGAAGUCAAUGUUUAGCGUCCACUUCUCUUUCACUCUUAGGCUCUCAGGGCCUCUAUGUCGAACAAAAGCAUUUUUUUUUU